UCGACGGUAUGGUUGAGAAGUUGCAGUAGGCAGAGAGCUGCAGACUGACGGAUGGAGUUGAUCUGGAGUGUCGGGCGCAGGGCCCAAGAGAAUGCGACGAAAGCAUUCAAAUGGGUCUUCGACAGUGAGCCAAAAGUGUUGCACUGCGUGGCUUGGGCACAAAUGGCCACGUUUGGGGAUCAGAAGACGGCAGGUUCGCUGAAAACCGCUCAAAACCAGGAAGGUCAAUGACCAACACGGCGUAGGCCACAGCAGCCCAACGCUCGGGAAGACGGAGAGCCAUCUCCCCCAAACGAGGAACACCCCAGGUGCCGUGGUUGACGACUGUGCACGACUGGGAGAGAGGGUGACGACUCUGUGCUCCACCGAGAUUCGGUGACGCCUCUCCUUCCGCCAAGCGUGUUUCGAAACACGCCCCGCGAUGCGUCCACGGGUCGGGGGGGUCAGGUUCGGGUGGAUGAGAACCUUUGGCCGACCUCCCCCCAAUAGCGGCCUCCAACCUAAUAGCAAUCCUGGCGUGGAGAGACCACGGCAGGUGGAUGAGACCUUCACACAUCAGAACUUCCCCGCAGCGUCCGAGCAGACACUGCAGUUGCGCCGACAGACCUGGGCGAGCUUGCUCUAUCGCUUCCAGAAGUACGGGCAUUUCUCCACGGGCAAUCGGGUCCAAGCUUUGGAGGGAGGAGAUGCCUGCUUCAAGGAAAUGUUAGAGGUCAUCUCCUUGUCUCAGACUCGGGUUUGGUGCGAAAGUUACAUCUUUGACAACAGCCGCGUGGCCGAGAUCUUCUUCAUGGCGCUCCGUGAAGCGGCGACGCGUGGCCUGGACGUGGUCUUGCUGGUGGACUACAUUGGUGCCUUCGCGCUGCGACAGGACUGGGUGCAGGAGCUUCGCAGGGCCGGAGCCGAAGUGGUGUUCUUCAACCCGGUGCUCCCCGCCAGCCUUUGCGUGGGCCCCAUCUCCUUCCGAGACCACCGGAAGAUUAUGAUUUGCGACGACGUGGGCUUUUGUGGUGGCAUGAACAUCCAAGAGGAGGUGGGUGAAGAAACAUUUGGCACCAGCCGCUUCUACGAUGUUCAUGCAAAGUUGGAAGGACCCUGCGUGGCGGAUUUGGCCGAAGUCUUCCGGGACUCCCUCAAAGAAGCUGGAGGGCAUGUGCAUCGAAACCCAAUCCAGGUGCCGGAACUGUUGGAACCUGGAGUGUAUGUGCAGAUCUUGCAGUCCAAUGUUCGUCAGAGGCGACGGACCUUGCAGAAGGUCAUGCAAAAAAGUAUCGAUGCUGCAAGUGAGUCAGUUCUGCUCACUACUGCAUAUUUCUUCCCGCCGACUUUCUUGAAGGCGGCUUUGCUGCGGGUGCCAACUCGUGGUGCACACCUUUCGCUGCUGUUGUCUGGCUCCUCAGACUUCUUUCCUUUGCCUGGAGACCUGCUGGCGCAAUCGCAUUUUUUGCGAAGCUUUCUGAGGGAUACUCCUGAAGACAAGGUGAGCGUUCACCUCUAUGAGCAGCGCCAUAUGCAUGCAAAGCACAUGUGUGUGGACGGUGUUUUUUCCACCAUCGGCUCCUUCAACUUUGACCUUUACUCGGCCCGGCGCAACCUGGAAGUCGGCGUGGCGGUCUUCGACCGCAGCUUUGCUCUCAGGAUGCAGGAGUUGCAUCUCAAGCGCUUGAAGGAGUCCAGGCGGACCCUCUAUAGUGACUGGAUUUACCACCAACCACUGGUGCGCGCCGCGUGUGCAGUGGCCUUUGGCCUCGUGCGGCUCUCUGGACGGAAUGUCUUCGAUGGCUUGGACUGCUUCCAACGGAAGUGGCUGUUGCGGAAGGCCACCCUGACCUUCUUACUGGAGGAGCAGUCGCAGCCUCAGCUGUUUUGGAACAAGCGCCUUGCAUUGAGAAACAAUCGAAACAAUGGUACUUUCAGGUGA